GAUCAUCUCAAUGAAUUUGAAAUUGCUAGCUAUCACAGUGGUUUAAGCAAAGAUGACAUAAUUGUCAAUUGGCAAGAUUUGAAUAAUGCAAAAGGAGAUCUGAAUCCAGUGGAAGGUGUUAAAUUUUAUGAUAAAUAUCUCACUAGGAUAUUUGGUCUUAAAUCUCAAAUGAUUAGCCGUCUUUUUCCUGAACAACCCGAAGAAAAAAUU